AUGGAUCUGAGCGAAAUUCCAUUCGACGUGCCGGUUAUAAUUCAGUCGGUUUAUAAACUGAAAAGUUUGCAAAAUCCUGUUGGUUCCAACAAAGCCCGUUGUCUAUCUUUCAACCGUGACAUUUACGAACAACUUUUUCUACGCCGUGAUUGCCAUUCAAUCAGCUCACAAUGGACGCUACUUGCAA